AAACUGGAAUUGUUUAAGAGUUACAACGUUACCUCUUAAGAUAAGUUAUAAAUGUUCGCAUGUUAAGAAAAGUACUCUAUCUCACGAGACAUUGAGAAAAGGUUUAGAAAAGCGGCAUACCAUCACCUGGCUUACCAUACGAGCACAGCAAAAUGCAUGGGAUUACAAGAAUUCUCAUGUUCUGUUCAGUCAUCACGGUCCUGCCAACAAUUCUACUAGUCGUACCGUUGUAUCUGCGUCAUAUAUUGUAUGCCAGUGUUGCAUACACCGUGGCAGAAUCUGAUGUCAUGGAAAUAGAUGAUGGGAUUUCUACAAUAUUUUGCUCUGAACAAACUUUGACAAUGGGUACACCGUUCAAUGCUUUCAAGGUGCUUCAGCCACCGGAAAUCACCACGUCUAGGAAACAUAUCAGAUUGAAGAAAAGCAUGACAUUGCCCGACGAUACUAUUGAAUAUUGGGGCUUCUAUCUUCUGAAAGGGGCAACGGUUGCUCUUUCAUUUUGCUCCAGAUUUAAAGGUGCGUCGAUACUGGUUGUUAAAGGAGAGAGAAGUUUGCAGACUUGUGGUAUAAUGGAGCAGAAUGAAAAUAGAAAGCAGUUCAAUAGAAACCAUAAACCAAUAUCCAAACAGCAAGUUAAAGUCACUUUUCCAUCGAAUGAUCAAGAUAUAAAUUCUCCACAAAUUACGAUUCCGGAAACUACCAAGCCAUGGAUUUAUCAAAACAAUCAGUUGAUGUUAAGCAAGAAAAAUUUGGCAGUGUUGAACGCAAGUGCAUCUGCAAAUGAUUAUGAGAGUAAAAGUCCAACGAUCGAGAAAAUCAACCAAUCAAUCUACAAUAAUCAUCCAGAAGCAGAUGAUGUAGUAAAACCAACGGUUUCAAGUGUGAUAGAUCAUCGGUUGGAAAUGAGCAGCCGUACAGGAAAAAUAUCGAAUACAUCAAAUAUAACACCUAAUUUGUCCACAAAGUUUAGACACAUGAGAAAAAAAUUACACACAAUGAAUCCGCAAAAAGUCGACAGGAAUAAGAAUAAUAAGAAGAACAAUUACGAUCACAAAACAGAAAAGGAGAUGAGAGCUCAAAAUUUUGAUAACGCAAGUACGGACAGCAAUGAAGGACCCAAUGAUGAAAAAAAAUUAAUUAUGGAGAGAAAGAAGCGUAUACUCAAACUUGAACUGGAGCUAAAAUCUGAUCCACAACAAGUUGACGAUGAUAAUGACUAUGGCAACAGGUAUUCCAGAUCGCGACGAAACCCGAAUGGUAUUGAACCACCUUUACUCCUGGACAGAGGAAUAGAACAUGGUGGAAAUGCUCUUUAUCCGAUUAAUAUAGAAGAUUCAUCAGAUUCCAGUUUUGAAAAUGAAUUGUUGUCAUGUUAUAAUGAUCAGAUAUUGUUAGCCCAGCCAUUUGAAUUCUCAGAUUUGUGUACAAAUAUUAGUUUUCUGGUAAACGGUGAUUUGAAGCUUACUCCGAUCCAACAAGACAUCUUAGAAAGUGGGUACUAUUAUUAUGUAUUCUACAGCGAUCAUGACGAUGUUCCAAAUGAUGUGCAUGUGGUAUUCGAUAUCCAGAAGCCUACUUUUCGAUACAAAAAUGUCACUCAGUCUUGUGUAAACACAACUGAAUGCUCUUUUUCUAUUGGUCUUUUAUCUGAGGAUCGUGUUAUUGUUGAAAUACCGACUAGAAAUGGUAGCGGGAACCAAAAAGAAAAUAUUACAAUACUCACAUCAACUUGUGAUCCUAGAAUGGGAAUUUAUACAAUAUUCCCCAUCACUGUAUUGCUGCUAGUACUCGGCUGUGCAUUUCUAUAGGAAGUUGCGAUACUCUGAAUUCAAAUCUGUAAAAAAGAAAUUAUUAGACAUUAAGUAAUAACAAUAUGAAAAAAGUUUUAAUAGUAAAAAAAUAUGGAAGUCAAGUUUUAAUAUCUAAAGAAAAGAUUCUGAAUAAACAUACUAUUUUGUUAAACAGGACUUUACUUUUCUGAAUAAAACCAAUUGAAUUUA